AUGUGGUGGCACGUCUGGGCGUGGGCGUGGGCGCUCCUCGCUCUCCCGUUGUCCGAGUCGGGGGCGGCGGGGGCGGCGGGGGCGGCAGGCACACUGCCCAUCCCCCUGCAGACCCGCACCCUGUUCACGGACUGGGGGCUGGGCGGACUGGGCGGGCUGGGGUCCGGGGGCGGCCAGGGGCGCACGCCGCAGCCCGUGUGCCUGGACAUCCCCGCCAACCUCAGCCUGUGCUACGGCGUGGGCUACAAGCAGAUGCGGCUGCCCAACCUGCUGGACCACGACACCAUGACGGAGGUGGGGCAGCAGGCGUCGUCCUGGGUGCCGCUCGUCAACGUGCGGUGCCACGCGGACGCGCAGCUGUUCCUCUGCUCGCUGUUCAGCCCCGUGUGCCUGGAGAGGUCCAUGAGCGCCAUCUACCCGUGCCGCUCGCUGUGCGAGGCGGUGCGGCGCGGCUGCGAGGGCCGCAUGCGCGCCUACGGCUACCCCUGGCCGGACAUGUUCCGCUGCGACAAGUUCCCCGCCGACAACGACAUGUGCAUCGCGGCGCAGUCCGAGCAGCCCGCGCCGCAGCAGCCCGCGGCCCCCGUGCAGCCGCAGCAGCGGCAGCUGGAGCACGCCAACGAGCCCGUCGUCGUGGUGGAGGACGCCAACGACGCCUGCCGGCCCUGCAACCAGGCGGAGACCUACGAGAACGUCCUGGAUCACCUGUGCCGUUCUGACUUCGGUGACCGUGCGCGCUCGCGUGCGCCGCGCCCGCCAGGCCGCCGCCGGCCCCUCAAGGCCCGCAGCGAGGCGGACCAGCGCCAGGACCAGCGCCGGGACCUCGCCGGCGACGCCCCCCUCCGGACGACGAGGGUGCUGAAGGCCGCCAACCCCGCCGUCAAGAAGCUGGCGCGCGCCUCGCUGCCGUCCCUGCCGACGGGCUGCCCCGCCUGCGACAAGGCCGAGUCCUUCCUCGUCAUGGGCAGCGUGGGCCCCGCCAACGCCCUCGAGAUCAGCUUCGUCCUCCCCUGGACCACCAAGUCCAAGUCUAUCAAGAAGGCGGUGCGCACCUUCACCAACACCAACUGCACUAACCCCAACCUGGUGUCGCGCACCGUGAUCGUCGACUCCUUCACGCCGGUGGACGGCUCGCCCGUGGAGGCCAUGGAGCCGCACCCCGUCGUGCCCGUCGCCGUGCCCAGGACCACGACGACGACCACCACGACAACGCCGAGGCCAGCGACAACCACUACUACUACGCCGAGGCCAACGACAACCACCACCACUACAACUACGCCCAGGCCAACGACAACCACCACCACUACAACCACGCCCAGGCCAACGACAACUACCACCACCACGACAACGCCGAGGCCGACGACAACCACCACAACGACGACUACGCCCCAGCCGACCACCACCACAACGGCGGCCACGACGACCAGGGCGUCGAGGAGGCACGGCUCCAGGCAGCGCAGCCGGCAGCCCUACUCGCCGUACUUCUCCGCCACGACGACGAGUACGUUCCCGCCGCUGACGAGGAUGUUCCCGCCGUGGACGAGGACGCCGCCGACGCGCAGCUCUGGCCCGCCAUCAACGACUACGGUCGUGCCUUCGACGGGCAGCCUUCCACCCACCACUAGAAACACAUUCCCGCCCUGGGCCAGAACUCCGCCAACAACUUCGAGUACGUUCUCGCCCUGGACCACUACACCCUCUACAACUACAACCUCACCAUGGACCACUACACCCUCUACAACAACAACUAUAACCUCACCCUGGACCACUACACCAUCUACAACAACAACUACAUCACCCUGGACCACUAUACCAUCUACAACUACAACCUCACCCUGGACCACUACACCAUCUACAACAACAACUACAACCUCACCCUGGACCACUACACCAUCCACAACAACAACUACAACCUCACCCUGGACCACUACACCAUCCACAACAACAACAACUACAACCACACCCUGGACCACUACACCAUCUACAACUACAACUACAUUCUCACCCAGGACCACUACACCCUCUACAACUACAACCUCACCCUGGACUACUAUACCAUCUACAACAACUACAACCUCACCCUGGACCACUACACCAUCUACAACUACAACUACAUUCUCACCCUGGACCACUACACCCUCUAAAACUACAACCUCACCCUGGACCACUACACCAUCUACAACAACUACAACCUCACCCUGGACCACUACACCAUCCACAACUACAACUACAUUCUCACCCUGGACCAGCACACCCUCUACUACCACCUUCCGGCCGACGACCAGCACAACGACCCCCACGCCGAGCACCACGACGACCACCUCGCCGAGCACCACGACGACCUUCCGCUCGUGGGUGUGGACGAACCCUCCGGUGCGGUGGCCGACCACCGCCCGGACGACGACGGGGCCGCCGACGCCGCGAGAUUUGCGAGAUGAGUGA